AUGUCGGGCCCUCCGCCGCCGCUGACCCGCGCGGACUCGUCCAAAGACCACCGCCCUCUGCAGCCGAGCACUCUUCGACAGAGCCAUACGCCGCCCAGCCGUCCAGGCAGCGGCGACAGCACCAGCAGCGAUGUCUACCCGUCCAUCACGGCCGUGGGCGAGUCGACGCCCUUGAUACGCGAUAGCGAGUCGGGGCAGCACGGCACGUUCAGCCCCCGAGGCUAUUCGCCCACCAAUGGCCUCUUCAGCGGAAGCACCGACGACGGCGACGACGACAUCGAGAGGGAGCAGGCAGGGCAGGGCGGCUUCUUUGCGUCGCUCUUGGGGAGCGAUGAGUGGAAGAGGUGGCUCUCGAGGAGGAUGCGCACCACCAAGAUGGGCCACAGCAGCGAGCUUGCCGAGCAGGCGGGCUUUCGAGAUACUCCCUUCAUGUAUCUGGCCUACUACAUUCCGUGUCUGAACUGGAUCCAGCAGUACAAGCUGUCGUAUCUCAAGGGCGACUUCAUCGCGGCCGUCACCAUGGCUUCCUUUUACCUCCCAAUGGCGCUCUCGCUGGCGUCCAAUCUGGCGCAUGUCCCGCCCAUCAACGGUCUCUACGGCUUCAUCUUCAAUCCUUUCGUUUACGCCUUGCUAGGAUCCGCUCCGCAAAUGGUUAUUGGCCCCGAGGCAGCUGGAUCGCUUCUCGUCGGCACCGUGGUGAAAACCAGCGUCGACAACGGAGGCGAGGGCUCGGAGGACAACGACAUUCUGCAUGCCCAGGUCUGCGGCGUGGUCAGCGGUAUGGCUGGCGCCAUUGUUUUGAUUGCUGGCCUGGCCAGGCUGGGCUUCUUGGACAGCGUCUUGAGCAGGCCCUUUUUGAGAGGCUUCAUCUCAGCCAUUGGCUUCGUCAUUGCUGUCGACCAGCUGAUUCCCGAGCUGGGGCUUGCUGAUCUGGCAGAGGAACAGGGCGUGAACCACGGAAGCAGCGUCGACAAGAUUGGCUUCAUCUUCAACAAUGUCGGUGCGACUCACAAGCUGACGUUUGCUGUCGCAGGCGUUAGCUUCGUUGUCAUCAUGCUAUUUCGCGAGCUCAAGCGUCGUUUAGAAAAGCGGUUUCCCGGAGUGGCCUACUUCCCCGAUCGAUUCAUUGUCGUUGUCGUUUCGGCCAUUCUGUGCUGGCAGCUCGACUGGGAGAAUAAGGGCGUCGAGGUUCUGGGCACCGUCAAAGCCGCUUCUGGAGGCGUCUUUGAGUUCCGCUGGCCUUUUAAGCUUGCCCACAUGCAGCACAUCCGCACGGCCAUGUCAACGUCCUUCCUCAUUGCGCUCCUCGGCUUUUUCGAGUCGUCGGUUGCGGCCAAGAGUCUGGGUGGAAGCUCGAUUCCCGGCAUCGAACUCAGCGCGAACCGAGAGAUGAUUGCGCUCGGCGCCGCCAACCUCGUGGGUGGCAUGUUCAUGGCCCUGCCUGCCUUUGGCGGCUACGGGCGAAGCAAGGUGAACAAGACGACUGGCGCAAAGACCCCAAUGAGCUCCAUCUUUCUGAGUCUGCUGUCGCUGCUGUCCGUCUUGUUUCUGCUUCCCUAUUUCUAUUACCUGCCGAAACCUGUUCUAUGCGCAAUGAUUUCGGUCGUGGCAUGGUCGCUGAUAGAAGAGGCACCCCACGACAUCUCAUUCUUUCUCCGUGUCCGCGGAUGGACCGAGCUGGGUCUCAUGGCCAUCAUCUUCCUCUCCACCAUCUUCUACUCCCUCACUUUGGGGAUGGCUUUGGGCGUGGGCAUCUCCCUGCUCAUGGUCAUCAAGCACAGCACUCGUCCCCGCAUCCAGAUUCUCGGCCGUGUGCCCGGCACCAACCGUUUUGAAAACCCGGAAUCACUCAACUCUAGGAUUGAGUUCAUCGAGGGAUGUCUUAUCGUCAAGAUCCCGGAACCGCUGACGUUUGCCAACACGGGUGAGCUGAAGCAACGGCUUCGGCGGCUCGAGUUUUACGGCACGUCGCGAGCGCAUCCCGCCCUGCCGCGCAUUCGCAGUCAGGAUUCGAAUCGCAACAUCAUCUUUGACAUUCAUGGCGUGACAUCCAUGGACGGCUCCGGCACGCAGGUGCUCGAGGAGAUUGUACGCGACUACCGAGAACGAGGCGUCCGAGUCUUCUUCUCCCGCGCGCCAGCUCACCGAGACCACCUUGUGUGGCAGCUCAUGGACAGGAGCGGUAUCGUCGAGCUGUGCGGCGAGAGACAUUUUGUCAAUGACGUCGGGGAGGCUCUGCGGUUAACCGAGUAUGAGGACAGCAUCAUGACGCAGUGAGGAUGAACGGCUACCGCGAGGUCAGUCGAACGAUUUUUUUUUCUUGGAUGAGCUACAACGAGGUUAUGCACAACAGCGAUAUCAUUUUUCGACUUCCCUCCUGCAUCCAUUAUCUUUUUUUCCCCUUCUUUACUUUCGUUUCCUCUUGCUAUUGCUUUUACAUAGCGGUCAUGCAUUGCAAGGGGGCGAGAGC